AUGGCCGUCGACUUUGCCAAAACAGGAGCUCCGGCCGAUAUGCCCAGGGUUUUGAAACCUAAAGAGUACCCUGAUUUUAUGGGUGGGAUCGGCCCAUCAUCAGCGAUCCGGCACAAAUCAAUCGGCGUUCUGGGAAAGCUCUAUAGAGCAGUCUCCACCCAUAUCGAAGAAACCCUAAGUUUCGAUACCAACUUUGCAAACUCAAUUCCUGAAGCUGCUUAUGACCGUGAUCUCGAAGUUGAAGGGUUUGAGGCUUUUCUGGAAGCUGCUCAAGAGUUCUAUGAUCAGUAUUCCGAGAAGCUGAGCUCCCUGAUGAAUUACUACGGUGCGGAGUAUGAAGAUGAGAUAUUAACAGGAAACUUGCGGAACCGAUCCCUGUAUUUGGUGAAGGAUAGGAACAGAUAUGGGGAAAUGAAGGACCGGAUUUUAGUCGUUGGUAAAGGCUUGAUACAAGAGGUCGGCCGGGUGGUUAACAGCAGCUGUGCAGACAGACGUCGCUAA